AUAUAUCCACCCAUAUCAGUGCGGUAUUGGUGUAUAUUGUGUUUCUGUCUGUACAGGGGGCUGAGCAGUGCUGUGCUAGUCGCCGAGGAGAGCGCGUGCCUGUUUUAAUAGUCUACUUUAUUUAUCUCGUGUUGUCGUGUUUGUGUGCAUUUUUCUCAGACAGCCACUGGGUGUGAUUAGCUGUAUAUAUACCCUAUGCAUCAGACCGCUCUCUCUACAGCAGCACGCGGGUAUUUCUGCGGAUCAGCCUUCUUCCCUUGAUUUAUUUCUGAUUGCUAAACUGCAAGACAUCAAGAGUCGUAAUGCAGAAACGAAGGAAGCCAGAACCGAUCCAGCUCAACCCAAUUCCUGAUGGGAACGCCGUUAACGGAACCGGUGCCUCGGAAACAAACCUAGAGGCCCUGCAGAAGAAGCUGGAGGAGCUGGAGCUGGACGAGCAGCAGAAGAAGCGUCUAGAGGCCUUCCUCACGCAGAAACAGAAAGUUGGGGAGCUGAAGGACGAUGACUUUGAGAAGAUUUGUGAGCUGGGUGCCGGAAACGGUGGAGUGGUCUUCAAGGUUUCACAUAGACCCUCUGGACUCAUCAUGGCCAGGAAGCUGAUCCAUUUGGAGAUCAAGCCUGCCAUCAGGAACCAGAUCAUCCGGGAGCUGCAAGUCCUGCAUGAGUGUAAUUCCCCUUACAUUGUGGGCUUCUAUGGGGCGUUCUACAGUGAUGGCGAGAUCAGCAUCUGUAUGGAGCACAUGGACGGUGGCUCCCUGGACCAGUCUCUGAAGAAAGCAGGCAAGAUUCCAGAGCAAAUAUUGGGCAAAGUUAGCAUUGCGGUGAUAAAAGGGCUCUCCUACCUUAGAGAGAAACAUAAGAUCAUGCACAGAGAUGUGAAGCCGUCUAACAUCCUGGUGAACUCGCGGGGAGAGAUUAAGCUGUGUGACUUCGGCGUGAGUGGACAGCUUAUCGACUCCAUGGCCAACUCAUUUGUGGGCACCAGAUCCUACAUGUCUCCGGAGCGUCUGCAGGGCACUCACUACUCUGUGCAGUCUGAUAUCUGGAGCAUGGGUCUCUCCCUGGUGGAGAUGGCGAUUGGGCGCUUCCCCAUUCCACCGCCUGAUGCUAAAGAACUGGAGCAGAUCUUUGGCCUCCCCAUGGAAGGAGACCCCUCGUCCAGCGAGGCCUCCCCCAAACCCAGGCCCCCUGGCCGGCCCAGCAGCUCGUACGGACCAGACAGUAGACCCCCAAUGGCCAUCUUUGAGCUGCUAGACUACAUCGUGAAUGAGCCACCGCCCAAGCUACCAGGCAUCUUUGGCACCGAAUUUCAGGAUUUUGUUAACAAAUGCUUAAUCAAAAAUCCUGCAGAGAGAGCAGAUCUGAAGCAACUGAUGGUACACUCCUUCAUAAAGAAGUCAGAGGCUGAAGAAGUGGACUUUGCUGGGUGGUUGUGCACCACCAUCGGCUUAAAUCAGCCAGGGACACCAACGCACAGUGUGGGGAUGUAAGUGAGGGAUUCCCCUGAUAAAGAUAAAUAUCGUCACUGUCAUGCAAAAAUCCAAAAUGCAAUUUUGCAGACAAAGGAAAAAGUCCUACAUUUCAAUGGAGGUCAAUGUAAAAAAUAUUUUAUUUUAUUUUGGAACAUUUCUAUUGGUUCUUUAUUGGAUUUAGACACAGUGUAAAUUUGCCAGAUACUAAAUCUGUUAAAAAGUACAUAUAUUUUGUGCGGCAGUGACAAUACACACACACACACACACACACACACACACACACACACACACACACACACACAUAUACACACACACCAGUGUUUCUAUAUGGGCUCAAAUUUGAAAAUCAGUUUCCCAGUCAGUUCAGUAACCAAUCACUGCCUCUUUUAACCCCUUCACACUGAUGUCAUAAGUAUUGUGAUGGGGUCAUGCUGAGAUAAAACAGGCUGCUGUAAUAAUCAGCCUAUAAGGUCUGCAUUCAGCAGCAAAGCCUUUUACAGUGUGAAAACACUCCAUUUCAUUAAAAACAUUAAUUUGGUCCUGGUGAAUGAUACACAAACUAUGAUUGAACUAUGAAAAUGCGUGACAAAUUGGCCCAUAUGUAUAUGAUAAUGUGUUUGCUGCUGGAUGUAUCAAAUGAUCUAUAUUUAUAUUUCUAAAGGGUAAACAGUAAGUGAAUCCCAGCUGAACUGUUUAGUCCCUGAGCCUAAAAAAUCCUUGCUGCUCUCCUGGGAACACAAAAGCCAUCACCUGCAUGCCGGUACUGCAGGAAUUCAUUGCCAAGUGAGAUGUUAAAAGUGAACAAACCAAGGCCAUUUUUUUUACACAGGCUAAAAUGCUCACAUCAGUUUUGCUUUAUUUUCCUCUAAGCAGUCAGUGUAUUUUGUAUUGGAGCAAUGGUGUGUUAACUAAGUCAGUAUAAAAUAGAUAUAAAUGUCAUCUAAAUUGAGAUGGCAAAACUCUUUUAUUUGCCGUUGUUAAAAAUUUCUGCAUCACUGUCUGUUUGAACUUGCUGUUGUGGCUAACUUUGCUGGAAAUAUGCCUCUUUUGUAUCUGUAUUCUAAAGUUUGUUUUACUAUGCUGAAAUGUAAUUAGACAGACAGAUUUUAUAAGUUUUACAUCAGUUCAAACCAACCAGCAACUAACCAGUUCCUCCUGUAGCCAUGUGCUAUUGCAAAGGGUUGGGAUCACUUAAUAAAAUUGUAGACAGGAAAAAUGCUCCUCCUUAAUAAGCAUUACAAUAGAAAUGAUAGGAAGAUAACUGUAUGGGUGUCAUCAAACUGUUACUGUCGGUUACAGCUGCAGUCCACGUUUUCUGCUUGACACAUUAUUCUUCCAUUACAGUGCUUUUAACACCAAAGCUCAUUUCCAAUGGGAGCCCUCACUGAUAUACAUCGAUUUUUAAUAUGUGUAAUAUUUUUUCUUUACCUUUCCUUUUACUUUAAGUGUGAAGUCUGUGCAGGCCUUUAAUGUUGUCAUUUGAGAAAAUUACUGCAACUAUAAAUUGGUAUAAAUUAUAAUAAACAGGAUUUAUUUAACUGAAA